AUGGUUAAUAGAACAAAGCCCAGUGCAGAUGCGGAAAAUCCUCCUCAAAAUCAAUCGGAUAUCGCACAACCAACAACGUCUUUGUGGCUAACCAAACUAACAUCGGGGUACAGAAGAGUGCUUAGAGUUUCCAAUUUGCUUAGAGGAGUAGAUGAUAUAAAGCAAAAGCACGCAUUGGCAGUAUCGCUAGCUAAAAGAUUAAUUGGAGAUGAAGAAGAUUGGAGCCGUUACACUUACGGUGAAAGUACAAUGGAACCAUGUAAAGAUCAUGGGCAAAUGAAUGACUCAGUUUCUCUACAACUGCCUAAUUUGGAUUCUACAAUUGAUUCAUCCAAAAAUAAUAGAAUGAGAAAUCCGCUAAUUCAGGCGGUAGAAAACAGCAUUGAGGAGUUGGUAGAGGAAAUACUAGAAAAAUUCCCAGAUGCGGCCUAUACAGUGGACAAGAAUGGAAAGAACAUAUUGCAUAUAGCAGUGGUGAAGAAAGAUAAAAGACUGUAUGACUACUUGAAGACAAAAGUUGGCAAGGAUGUGAUGCUAACAGCAAUUGACAACCAGGGAAACACCAUUCUGCAUCUUGCAACAAAACAAGGAAAUAGUCCUAGAAUUGUUCUCGGACAUAUGAACCAGAUGGCAUGGGACAGGAUAUGGUAUGAUUCUCCCCCUCAUUUCCAAUACCACCGCAAUUUUGUUGGGAAGACAGCAAGUGAACUAUUUCAAGGAAACCAUGUCAGCUUACGAGAGAAGGCUGAGAAGGCACUCAAAGAUAUGAACAGUGAGUUGAUGCUGGCUGUUGCUCUCCUUGGCACUGUCAACUAUGCGACAUUAUUUACCGUCCCUGGAGGUUUUGAUGACGAUAACAAUAGUGGAAGUUUUGGUCGUCCAAAGUUUUUUAGCACCAAGAAAGAAGAUCAACUUUUGUCAUUCUUGUGGUACACUGAGGCCACUCUAUUUAGCACUCUAAUUGCCUUGACUACCAUGCUUUUGAUUCAGUUGUCGAGGUUUACCAAUGACGACUUCUUCAUGAUCUUGCCAGUGAGAUACCUUGGUUCUCUGGCUGCUCUAUUUGUCUCCACCAUCUUCACAAUUGCAGCUUGUGCUGAGGCCUACACGGCCCAAAUAGCAGCUUCAAGAACCAGCUCCACCGCUGACGACGCCACCGUUAGCCACCACGACAAUUUCAGAGCAGUGUUAGAUCGAGGAAAGACGAUUCACUUCAAGUCUUCGGCCACUACUUGGGGCGCCCGCAAGGGGACCAUCUGGGACACAUAG